AAGCCGAGGCCGGGAGCUGCCUCGGGUGGGGAGGGGAGGGUCUCGAGCCACCCCGCCGGCCGAGCGCGCAGGCGCAGACCACUGUAACUGCCCGUUAGAGGCGGCCGAACCGCAGUGGAGAGCGACCGCGGCGGCAGGACGCGGCGCAGGCUGCGGCGAGGACGGCCUGUGAUCUCUCCGCGGUUUCCAGACGUUCUGCCCUAGAUAUUCUGCACAGUGACUGGGGAGUCAUCUCUCCUUUGCUUCUCGUAGGAGUCGCAAUCCCAGCAGCAGUAACUCAGCAAAGGACGCGGUCCCCUCAGCGGAGGCUUCAGCACCAGCACCCCGACCUUUUCGCAGCGGGAUGUCUGUGGUUGGCAUUGACCUCGGCUUUCUCAACUGCUACAUCGCAGUAGCGAGGAGUGGCGGCAUUGAGACCAUCGCCAACGAGUACAGCGACAGGUGUACCCCGGCCUGUAUAUCUUUGGGAUCAAGAACUCGGGCCAUUGGAAAUGCAGCAAAGAGCCAGAUAGUCACAAAUGUAAGAAAUACAAUUCAUGGCUUCAAAAAGCUUCAUGGGCGAUCAUUUGACGAUCCCAUUGUGCAAACUGAAAGGAUCAGGCUUCCCUAUGAAUUGCAGAAGAUGCCUAAUGGAAGUACAGGAGUUAAGGUGCGGUACUUAGAAGAAGAGAGACCUUUUGCAAUUGAGCAAGUUACUGGAAUGCUGUUGGCCAAGCUUAAAGAGACUUCAGAAAAUGCUUUGAAGAAACCAGUAGCCGAUUGUGUGAUUUCAAUUCCUAGCUUUUUCACUGAUGCAGAGAGAAGAUCUGUGAUGGCUGCAGCCCAAGUUGCAGGCUUAAAUUGCUUAAGGUUGAUGAAUGAAACUACUGCAGUUGCACUAGCAUAUGGAAUUUAUAAACAGGAUCUUCCCCCAUUAGAUGAGAAACCAAGAAAUGUAAUAUUUAUCGAUAUGGGACAUUCUGCCUAUCAGGUCUCGGUCUGUGCUUUUAACAAAGGAAAACUUAAAGUCUUGGCUGCUGCCUUUGAUCCAUAUUUGGGUGGCAGGAACUUUGAUGAGGCUUUAGUAGACUACUUCUGUGAUGAGUUCAAGACAAAAUAUAAGAUAAAUGUGAAAGAAAACUCUCGGGCCUUAUUGCGUUUAUAUCAGGAAUGCGAAAAACUAAAGAAGCUGAUGAGUGCAAAUGCAUCAGAUCUUCCAUUGAACAUUGAGUGUUUCAUGAAUGACCUCGAUGUUUCUAGUAAAAUGAACAGGGCUCAAUUUGAGCAAUUAUGUGCUUUCCUCUUGGCCAGGGUUGAACCACCUUUAAAAGCAGUAAUGGAACAAGCUAACUUACAACGUGAAGAUAUAAGUAAUAUAGAAAUUGUAGGAGGAGCAACACGAAUUCCUGCAGUGAAGGAACAAAUCACUAAAUUCUUUCUUAAAGAUAUAAGUACCACAUUAAAUGCUGAUGAAGCUGUUGCAAGAGGAUGUGCAUUACAGUGUGCGAUUCUCUCACCAGCAUUUAAAGUGCGUGAAUUUUCCAUAACAGACAUUGUUCCCUAUUCAAUCACAUUAAGGUGGAAGACCGCUUUUGAAGAUGGAACCGGGGAAUGUGAAGUAUUUUGUAAGAACCACCCUGCCCCAUUCUCAAAAGUUAUUACUUUCCACAAGAAGGAACCAUUUGAAUUAGAAGCAUUUUAUACAAAUUUACAUGAAGUGCCUUAUCCUGAUCCAAGAAUUGGGAGCUUCACUAUUCAGAAUGUUUUUCCACAGUCGGAUGGUGAUAGUUCCAAAGUGAAGGUUAAAGUUCGUGUUAACGUCCAUGGAAUCUUCAGUGUGGCUAGUGCAUCAGUAAUUGAGAAGCAAAAUUUAGAAGGGGAUCACAGUGAUAUUCCUAUGGAGACAGAAACUUCAAUUAAGAAUGAAAACAAAGAUGAUGUGGAUAAAAUGCAAGUGGACCAAGAAGAAGGAGCUCAUCAAAAAUGUCAUGCUGAACACACCCCAGAAGAGGAAAUCGAUCAUACAGGAGCAAAAACAAAGUCAGCUCCCUCAGACAAACAAGAGCGAUUAAAUCAGACCAUUAAAAAAGGAAAAGUCAAGAGUAUUGAUCUACCUAUUCAGAGUAGCCUGUGUAGACAACUGGGCCAAGAUGUUCUCAAUAGCUACAUUGAAAAUGAGGGGAAGAUGAUUAUGCAGGAUAAGUUAGAGAAAGAAAGAAACGAUGCUAAAAAUGCUGUUGAAGAAUAUGUAUAUGAUUUUAGAGACAAGCUGGGCACUGUCUAUGAAAAAUUUAUCACUCCAGAAGACUUGAAUAAACUGUCUGCAAUAUUGGAAGACACAGAAAAUUGGCUUUAUGAAGAAGGAGAGGACCAACCUAAACAAGUUUAUGUAGAUAAGCUUCAAGAACUAAAGAAAUAUGGCCAGCCUAUUCAAAUGAAGUACAUGGAACAUGAAGAGAGACCAAAAGCUUUAAAUGACUUGGGAAAAAAGAUUCAACUUGUUAUGAAAGUGAUAGAAGCAUAUAGAAACAAGGAUGAAAGAUAUGAUCAUUUGGAUCCUGCCGAAGUGGAAAAAGUUGAAAAAUACAUCAGUGAUGCCAUGAGUUGGCUCAACAGUAAGAUGAAUGCACAAAACAAACUAAGUCUCACUCAAGAUCCUGUGGUAAAAGUUUCAGAAAUAGUUGCAAAAUCAAAGGAACUGGAUGAUUUCUGUAACCCCAUCAUUUAUAAACCUAAACCAAAAGUAGAAGUUGCUGAAGACAAAGCAAAAGCUAAUAGUGAACAUAAUGGACCAAUGGAUAGACAGAGUGGAACUGAAACUAAACCAGAUACAGCAAAAGACACCUCACAGCAUACUAAAUCUUCUGGCGAGAUGGAAGUGGAAUAAGUCUUAAUUUUAUCUUCGCAUAAUUGAAACAGUGAAAACAACCAUAAGGUCCAUUCUUCUUUUACAUCUGGUACAUACAACAGAUGUUCAGUUGUUCUUAACCACUUUUUGUCAUUUGUUUUUUGGAGUAGUUUUGAAGAGUGUUUUAUAUUGAGUGCACUUCUGUUCAUUUCCAUUGCUGUUGUUUAUUUGAAGCUUUAGCUGAAUAUAGAUUUACAAGUCAGUUUAAGCUUUCUUGACGUAUUUUAUAGCAAACAUUUAGGAUUGGAAUGUAGUUGGCAACAAUCUACCUUAUUUAAAGCUUCCACUUGGAUAAACCUCAGUUCCUUUAUUCAGAAAGGGAUGAAGUAUUGCACUAUUGUUGCAGAAACACAGAUUUAAUUGCAUUGUUAUUUUGAAAAACAAAAAUUGAAAUUGAUGGGGUUGAAAGCCGCUGAAGCACUGACCUUUUUCUACUUAUUGUAUUGUUUUAAUUUAAAUGUUAAAACAAAUAAGAGGUUCUUUGACAAAUUAGUCCAUCUCAUUGAUGUACCAUGAGAACUCCAAAGCUUUGUUGUCAUCACAUGAAUGAAAUAAAUCACACUUGUAAGGGAAAAUGCACACUUUUAUGUUAAGAUGACACCAGCAGUUUGUUGCUUUUAUUAGUAAUGUGGAUUGAUGUUUUCUCAGAGUAACUCGGUGUCUCUCAUUUGAAACUUUUGAUCUACUUGUCCUGAAGACCAGCUGCUGCUAAAAUAAUGCUAACCUAAAGAUACAGAAGUCUUUGAUGGAAUUACCUUCAUGUUAUGGAGGAAAUGCUGUUGACCUACUCAGACGUGCAUCUGUGAUGUUGAUAGCCUUGUUUUAGUUAAUAUUUGUCUUAGUUUUCUUAAUUGAUUUUGUUAACAAUACCUUAAUACAAGGUAGGAAGAAAUGGCACAUUGUAUUGCAUUAUAUACAUUUAUCAUUGAUUUACCUAAUGUUACAGAAUACAUAGACACUAUUAAAUAAGCAGUAAUACUUGAAAAAGAGCUCUUAUACCAUAAGUGUUAGGAAAUAGUGCUUGUAAUAAAUUUAAGUAUGUUAUUUGUCAACAGGCAAAAUAUAGAAUGUUACAUAGUGUUAUAUGAUAUGAUGUGAUUAAAUUAUAGUUUCUGCUGUUAAUAUUACCUUUUGAAACCUUGGCUCCGGUUUUAGUGCUUCUUAUAUAUAAAUGGGAGAAGGAUCAGUAAAUUUAAGAAAUGUUAAGGACCUACUCUGUGCUUCAUCACCAGACCUAUUCACAUUGUUCAUUUCUGUCCAGAGGCCUUGAACCUAAGUAUGGAAACAAACUGAAAUGAUGUUUCAAACUAUAAGAGAAGGAGGCAUAGACAAAUGUAUGGGCCCUUGUGUUCUUAAUACCAAUCAACUAGACUGACCUAGGUUAAAAUUUUGAAAGGCUUAUUUUUUCCCAAAGAUAAAUCUUUGUAUUAAGAAGAAUUAAUACUGACUUUUCUUAAGUAGUAAAAAUUGAGAGUAUAAUAUCUUUAGGGAUAGUCAUUAUUUCUUAAACUAGUUCUCUAAGAGAGAUUUUGUUUCUACAAUGUAGUCUGCACUGAAUAGAGUGUAUGGAGCCAGUGCAUUUUGCGGGGAUUUUUAUUCAGCUUUUUGGGAGGAAGUGUCUCUUUUUGUAGUAAAAACAAUUAUAUAGACCCAAUAUAUUUUUAAAUGUCCUUUAGUCUUUAAAACUAUUUUUCUCUUAAUGUUCUUAAAAUGAAAUGAUUAUAUCCAGUAAGUGAUAAAAUACCUGUAUCAGUUUUUAUUUGUACGUUGAAUAUAUAGAUUGAUUUCAGGAAAAGCAUGAAGGUUGUGAAAGCAAAUCUCUAACAGUGCAAGUAGGGACUUUAUAGCUUUUGAGUUAAGACUCCCACCCCACUUGGUUAGGAGCUAUGCCUCAGAAAAUUCCUGGGAGUAAUUGUGAGAACAUCCCUUUCUAUAUCUGAAUUGUCUAGGCUAUCCUGACAUUUUCGUUCCUGCUUUGAAGUCACCUUAGGUAGUUUUGUGUUUUCAUCAUAUAUAUAACACCAAUUUUUACAGUUAUGUAACAUUUCAUUUAAUAAGUUAGACUUCAAAGGUAACAUGUACUUUUCCUACCCAUUUAUUCAAUUUAAAUGAUAAUUUCAAAAGUCAUUUAAUCUUAUAUAUUGCUAUUUAUUUAAUUUGUUAAUGAAAAAGAAUAUAGUAUUCUCCAUUAUACAGGGUGGCCAUAAAGUUUGUGUGCAAUUUUAAUAGUUGUACAAUCUACGAACUUUGUGGCCACCCUGCACAGUUUUGGAUAGCUGUAUGGUUCAGUCAAAUUUUAAUCUGCAUUGAAAUACACAAGACUAGACAAAAGAUUUUUUCAAAAUAAAAGGCUUCUAUUUUAGAAGAUACUUUAAAAGAUGCAUAGAAACCGUGCAUAGUGGCAUACAUCUAUGCUCCCAGCUACUUGGGAGGCUGAGGCAGGGAGGAUUGUUCAACUUCAGGAGUUCAAAGCUGCUGUGAGUUAUGAACACUUCUCUGCAUUGCAGCUUGGGAGACAGGGUGAAGCCUCAUCUAAAAAAAAAAAAAAAUUAUUGCAUUCACAAAAAAUGCAUAAAAACAGCAUUUUCUUAUAGUAAGCAAAAUAAGUAUAUCAGAAAUAAUCUAGAAUGAUUGACAUAGAUUAGUAUACUGUGACUCAAUGUAAAUGAUAGUUUCAAAAAACAGCUCUGGAUAAAAAGUUGUACUGUUUAUAAAAAAACAAAGAUUAUUAAACAAUAUAACAAAAAAAGUCUGUAAUGAUUUAAUGCCUUAGCAGUAAUAGAAAAUUCUUAAGUUUUAGAAAAAUUAGAAACAGUACCCCAAAGAAUUUGGCUAUUAGAAAAACAGAUAAGGUUAUAACAAGUUUAGUAGAAGAACUAAGGGCAAGAAGUAAAGGUUUCUUAGACCUUUUUUUUUUUUUUUUAAUUUUGGUCAGUUCUUAGUAUAUUUGUGAUCAUUCCCUAGAGAGAAGUGAUAGAAAAAGUGAAUUUGGGCAAUAAAUAAUGAAUAUAAUGGCAGUUAAAACAUUUUGUCUAGCUGGGUGUUGUGGCAGGCACCUGUAGUCCCAGCUAGUUGGGAGGCUGAGGCAAGAGAACUGCCUAAGCCCAAAAGCUGGAGGUUGUUGUGAGUUGUGACGCCAUGGCCCUCUACUGAGGGUGACAAGUGAGACUCUGUCUCUUAAAAAAAGGGGAGGGUGGGGCGGCACCUGUGGGUCAAGGAGUAGGGGGCCGACCCCAUAUACCAGAGGUGGCAGGUUCAAACCUGGCCCUGGCCAAAAAUUGCAAAAAAAAAAAACCCAAAAAACAAUUUUGUCAAGGUUAACACAUCUUUAACUGUUUUGAAGUAACUGUUUUUGAAAAAUUAUCUAUAUUCAAAGGUCAAAUAGAAUUUGAAUACAGUGAUUAAAUUAGAUGACUUCAGUUUAACCUAAAAUGGAUAGAACCAUCUUUCCAUUUUUAUAAAUUUUAAAUGUAACAAUGAGCCUGUAAACACUCCUUUUGGGUUUCCUAUUGGUUUAAUCAUUCAUAUUUGGUAGUCCACAGUUAUAGCCUUUGCAUUAAUUUUACAUACCAUGUAGUGAUUCUUAAAUAUAACUUCAUCUUUCUCAGUUUUUAGACGUUUACAGCAAAAAACUUUAAAUCUUAUUUUGUGGUUAAACUUCAAAAGUUUGGAAUCAUAAGCAGAUUUGGGUUUUGUGAUAUUUGUGUAAAAUGUAAUGAGAUGCAUAGCUGAUUGUAUUGAUACAUCAAUUAAUAUUUAAACUCUGGUGGCAUUGAUUAAAGAGAACCACUGACGACUUUUCAAGUGACAUAGCAAACUAAUCUUAAAGCAGUCAAUUUCAGAAGAUACUUUUUAAUCAAAAUAAUGCCAGGUUACUGAUACCUUUUGGGUUUUGUUGAGGUGUGAUUUAAUCUAAAGAUUUUAAAAUAAUUCCCAGGAAGUACAAAGUCUUUCUUUUGAUUAACAAAAAUGUAAUAAAGAUCAAAGACGAAGACUCUUAACCCAAAGAAACUUUAGCUAUUUAACUAUCACAACUCUAAUUAAAAAUGCACUGAAAUUGAUACUCUUUUUCUAUACUCAAGUUACCUAACAAGAGCUUUGGGUUUAUAAUACUACCAAAUGUCUUUAUUAAUUUUUUUUUGCUAUACUCAAGGUUAGUUAUUUCAAACAAUAAAAGAACACCUGGAAUUUCUUAGGAGAAAAGGAGAAAAUCUAAGUAUCUAUGGAAAUAGUCAGUACUUACAUGUGGUAAUGGCUCCAGAUCCCUAAGAAUAUAACCUCUAGUAUAUUGUUAGAGUAAGUAUUGAAAGAAAAAAGCAUGUUUGCUAAAGUACAUUGUUAAAUUACUUAACUUUUCAAGUCAGAGAAACAAAGCUAAUUGAAUCAUUGAAUAUUUGUUUCAGUCUGUCAGGCAAGUCAAAAUCCAUAACAAAAAAAAAUUUAUAGUAUGACCUUUGCUUUGCAGGCCCUAAUUUAAUGUCAUCUCUUAAGUCACAGAAUGAUUACUAGGGAAAUAUAUUGAUACCUAAAAUAAACUAUCCUAUAAAAAAGAUCAGCAAAAUUCAACAUGUUUUAGAUAGUUUAAUUGCAUAAUAGCAUAUGAACUAUAAUUGCAAAUGAUUUUAGUCUUUCCUGUUCUUUUAUGUAUCCUCUUACCCAGUUCUAAACUUUCAAAUAGUCAUUGUUUUUCUCAAGUAUAUUUUGCUUUUUAUUUUGUAUUAUUCUUUAAAUAUUUUCCAUGGCUUUUUAAAAAUAGUUUCACUGUUAACCUAAUCACUUAGAUAGGAUACUUAGAUAAUUUUACUAUCUUUGUUUCCUUUUUGAUACUAAAUCUUGCUGUUGAGAAUCGUUAGGCUUUAAAUUCAUGAGAGAUAAGCCAUGUUAUAAAUUUCUUUAUAUAACGUCUCAAAAAUUUUAUAGUGUCAUUGAGUAGAAUAUUUUUAUAUCCUGACCUUAGAAUGAUUUCAUAUAAUUCUGGAUCAAAAUUGGUCAGUUCCGUGAGUACUGCCUGUUAAGUAAACAACAUCCUUCAUAUUCAAUCCAGAUACCAAUAUGAUAAAAUAACAGUCAGGAAAUUCAAAAUAAUUGUUAAAGGUUAGAUACUUUUAGUUCUUUGGUGCUUUCUAAUUAUGUGCGUGUGUUAUUUAUGCAUCUUCCUUUUUUAGUUUUCUAAAUGUUUUACUUUGGAGGACUUGAGUUAAAAUGCUCUUAAAAUACAUGAAUCAACCCAGAAUGUAGAUGUUAGAAUGUAAUUAGAAGUGGUAAUCUAGGUAAAGGAAGCUUUAAAGCUUUAAACUUCUAUUAUCUAGUGGCUCGGAAAGAGACUGACAUUAAAAAUGAUUACCUUUCAUAUUUGGCAGGAUGAAACCAUUGUUGUUUAAUACCAUAAUAUAUAGAAGCAGCUUUUCAAUGAAAUUACUAUAUGUUUAGUACUCAUAUUAUGGCAUCCAACUCAUUUUUUCUUUUCUUCAACCAUUAUUAAAGUAAUUUAUGUACAUAAUGACUCUGACUCUAGUCAUUAGUGAAAAGAACUUUAGUUCCUACUAGCUAAUUACUUUUUUCCUUAAGAAAACUACACUUGAUUUCUUGAUUUCCCCAUUUAUUUUCAGUAUAAACAGCCACCAGUGUAAAGCAGAAAAAUGAUAAGUGUGAUGUCUAUAAAAAUAAAAAUGAAUUUUGCAUGUAAUACACCCUUAGCAUCAAUGAGAAGACGUAAGAAUGGUUUGUGAUGUUGGUAACAUUAUAGGAAUAUAUCUUUGGCAUAUAAUUGUGAUUGACAAGCAUAUCCUUAAAAUUGUUUACAUAUGGCAGUAUCAAAGUAUAUAAAAUAUUUUCUAUGUAUGUAAGUUGCAUCUUUCAUACCAGUGAACAAGCAAUAAGUACACUUCUUUUUUUGGAUGGCAGCGCACAUUGUCAAGAAUCAUGUAAUUAUAAUAAAUAACUGUCUACCUACUCCUUGAACCAUGAAUUUUGCAGAUCUGAGAUUUAAUUUUCACAUAUUGAACUUCACUGAUUUAAUGAUAGGGGACAGGUCAUCAUGUUAGUUUGCAAAAGUUUGCUUAGCAAUGAGCGUUUUUAACCACCUAAAUUGGCAAAUUUUUCAAACCUGCAGAUAAUAUUGACUAUGAAAACUGUAGUAGUACUAUGCCAGUGUGGAAAGGGUUGUAGAGAAACACUCCAGGAACAAGUGAAUUUGAAGAUUGCAGAAAUUCUCAAUAAGUAAACAGGGGAACUCUUUCACCCAGAGAUUGUGGUAACAUGUCCUUCUCUCUUUGAUCCUACUGUUGCUGAUUAAAAGGUGUCAAAUAGCUUAGCAUGUUGAGAUAAGAAAAUGUUUGAGGUCCGAUGGUCCAUAUUAGAGCAUUUAGUUCUUAAUUUUUUAGGAGGUUGAACAACUUAUGAAAAUUUGAAGGAUAUAGAUCUUUAAUCCAGAAAAAUGUUUAUACCCCCAUGGGCUUUGAGCCUUACAAUGAAAUGGAAAUAAAUACUUUACAAGUCUUCAAGGCCAAACACUUGGCUAUCCAUUUCUAUUCAUCUUUUUUCUGACUUUGAGAGAAUUCGAUUGUGCUUUUUAAAAAUAAUACAAACAAAGCUGUAUUAUCAAAGGUGAUAAGUAUACGCCUGAAAGGAUUUGUGUAUUGGUUUUAGAGAUAGCAUUUGAAGUUAAAUGGGAAAGAAUCUGUAAUAAAGUUUACUAUCUUGUAGUAAACUUGAUAGUUGAAAGAUUAUAUGUGGUUUAUGGAGAGACUUCUUAAAUGUAAUGAUGUGAUGGUUAAAAAUAAAUUGAUGGGAAAGGAUAUACUAAGAAAA